AUGUUCUCCACUGUCCUUCUCCACUUUGAAAGAAUAACACCUCAUCUCGUCCCCCUCAUUCGAGAGCCCAUCCACGACCAGAUCCAUACCCGUUGUGCCUUCGAGGCUCCACCGGUGCACUCAUCCGCCCUAGCUCCUUCUGAGAGGCCACCAACACCGGGAAAAGACAGCCGAUGUGUCUUCCGCGAUUCCGGUCCACUUCGUCUCCAUGAAAUCAGCACGCUAACCGAUCUUCAUCCAGCGGCGGGCGCGGUGUCUCGCGCUGCGUCCGGGCCCGAGUCUUUGGUUUACGACGCCAUGGUGCACUCUAGCGCAUCCAUGUCCGGGUCCUGGGGAAUUUCCCACUGUUCGACGGACCUCGAUGUGAAGCCGUGUCAGAAUUCUGGGUCUGCUAACGAUUCCCUCGAACUGGCGAUCAUCCUCUAUCAGAUUCCCUCAUCUCACUGCUUUGUCCAUUAUUGA